CCCUGAAGUUCUGUAGGUGGGGCGGGCUUUAAUUUGCUUAUAUCUAAUGAUUUCAGGAGCCUCGCUUUAAAAUGGCGGCAUUGAGUAUCCACCCCUGCUAGAGGCUCUCCCGGCACCGGGGCCACCUCGCGCAGCGCUGCUUUUGCUUCUGCCGCUAACAGAUGGCAUGUGCUGCUGUCGCUGCCGCUGCCCCCGCCGCUGCCGCUGAGAGCGGGACCCCUUAGGCUCUGGGUUCGCAGUAGCAGCCGAAGGAACUUGCAUGGCAUAUUAUCAGCAAAUGCUUCUAGCCACUCAUUUCCCCGUGGCCAUGCGAUAUCGUGGGCAGUGCCCCAGCUUUCAUGCUGAGCCCUGUCUCUUGCCGCUCUGGAUCAACACAUUUGGGCAGCUUGCUUUUACUACCGGCAUCUGAAGGGCCUGAAGGUAGAUUUUAGGAGACUAUUGAAAAGGUUUCUGGAAAGUGCCUUUUCUGAAAACUCUGCUGAUUGGAUUCCACUUUCGAGCUGCCUCUUUAUAAACCCCUCUCCCUACCACCAUCACUGCCACCUCUCCCCGCCCCACCCCCGCAAAAAAACCCUGGUGUGCUUGUAGUUCAUUCUCAGCAACUCGUUCAUUCUUUUUUUCUUUGAUUCUCAAUUUUCAUAGUCAUUUUUCCUUCUCCCGAUUUUGCAGCAAAAACAAAAAAAAAAUUGCAGUUGUAACAUCCUAUUAAUCUUUAAAGCCAAGAGAUAGGUAAAAAAACUUUUCUCCCCUUGACUUGAGACCAUUCCACACAUUGACAGGCAGCCAGCAGCAUAUGCUUUUUGCAAGAAUAAUUGAAAAUAUCAACUGGAGAGCACAGAAUCCUUUUGAAACUCUGCCAGUUAUUUGAAGUAACUUCAGCAGAGGAAAAAAAUAAAGCACUCAAUAUCUUAACCUUGACGGCUGCCUUCUUAGGAGUUGGUCUCUAAUUUGAUUUUUAGUUAUUCUGAUACGAUUUUUAUUUUAUAGUGGGCUUUUUGUUUGACUAGACCACCAAAUUUGACUUAAAUGAAAACUUAAGUGCUAACAAAGAAACCUUUCACCAAAGCAACCAGUUAUCUCUUCACAUUUAGCUUGAAUUUAUUUUUAACCUUUCAACAACAGCAGUAAUAGUGUUGUAGAGAGGGUGCACUUGAUUUUAACUUUGCUUUCAAUAUGACGGCUGUCAAUGUUGCCCUGGUUCGUGAUACCAAGUGGCUGACUUUGGAAGUCUGUAGAGAAUUUCAGAGAGGAACCUGCUCUCGAGCUGAUGCAGAUUGCAAGUUUGCCCAUCCGCCAAGAGUUUGCCAUGUGGAAAAUGGUCGUGUGAUGGCUUGUUUUGAUUCUUUAAAGGGUCGGUGUGCUAGAGAGAACUGCAAGUACCUUCACCCUCCUCCGCAUUUAAAAACGCAGCUGGAAAUUAAUGGACGGAACAAUCUGAUUCAACAAAAGACUGCUGCAGCCAUGUUCGCCCAGCAGAUGCAGUUUAUGCUCCAAAAUGGUCAAAUGCCAUCACUUACUUCUUUUCCUGUGACUCCAUCCCUGGCAGCUAAUCCUGCCAUGGCUUUCAAUCCCUACUUACCUCAUCCUGGGAUGGGCCUGGUCCCUGCCGAACUUUUACCAAAUGCACCUGUGCUGAUUUCUGGAAACCCGCCUCUCCCACUGCCAGGAGCUCCUGGUCCAAAACCGAUGCGUUCAGAUAAACUGGAGGUUUGCCGUGAAUUUCAGCGUGGAAAUUGUACCCGUGGUGAGAACGAUUGCCGCUAUGCUCACCCUACUGAUGUUUCCAUGAUUGAGGCAAGUGAUAAUACCGUGACCAUCUGCAUGGAUUAUAUCAAAGGUCGGUGCUCCCGGGAGAAAUGCAAGUACUUUCAUCCUCCUGCGCACUUGCAAGCCAGACUCAAGGCAGCUCAUCACCAGAUGAACCAUUCAGCUGCCACUGCCAUGGCCCUGCAGCCCGGUGCACUUCAACUGAUACCAAAGAGAUCGGCACUUGAAAAGACCAAUGGUGCCACCCCGGUCUUUAAUCCCAGUGUUUUCCACUGCCAGCAGGCUCUGGCUAACCUGCAACUCCCGCAGCCGGCAUUUAUCCCUGCAGGGCCAAUACUGUGCAUGGUACCUGCUUCAAGUAUUGUGCCCAUGAUGCACGGUGCUACACCUACCACUGUGUCUGCAGCAACACCACCUGCCACCAGCGUUCCCUUCGCUGCAACAGCUACAAUCAAUCAGAUACCCCCAUUAUCAAUAGAUGAACUGAAUAGCAGCAUGUUUGUUUCACAGAUGUAGAAGUUACCAGUAGAACAUUGAAAUUCUGAACAACAGAGUUAUGGAGUAUCAGAAUCUCUCCGUGAGAACCUCCAUAUGGCCUUUCUAUGUAUAUUCACGUAUGUCCUCUUCUACCAACACAACAAUAAGCAUGGUGCAGUCAAUAUAUUAAACAAAACAAAAUACCAACCAACAAAUUCGAAUAAAAAACAAAGCAUCAAACAAUCAAUGGAGAUGUUAAAACACCAACAGAAAACUAACAACUACCAUCUGUCUAUCUUAUUUGAAUUAUUAGGUAGAACAGCAUAACAUUUUGUAAUUUAUCACACUAUUCUUUGUGAUUUUCCAAUAACCAUUAUGCUGAGUGAAUCUCUACAGUGGACUGCUGGCUUAUUGUGCAUUCUUGGUGGAUAAAUGUUCGGUCUGUUUGGAAGUGUUACCUUACUGUUUUGUUUACACAGUAGUCUGUUGGUUUGAUUCAGAAUGUAACAAAUAUAUCCAAUACCAUUUUCCCCAUUACUGUAUUGCAUUGUAUUGUAUUGUGGUGUGUUGUGUUAGGUUUUUACAUACUAUAGUGUUUUGCUGUAAUGUGUGGUGUUUGAUUUUAACUAAAAUGCUAUUAAUGGGAAACAGAAACACAUGUGCUUGAAAAACAUGACAGGUUAAUGUUGAUAUGCUCUCUCUCUCUCUUUAGAAUAUUUCUGUAGGUUUCUUGAGGCAGACGUUUAAAAGGCCUCACUUUUGAGUGUGUCCAAAACCUGUUCAUAAACAUGCAUGUGUAUAAUUUGUACCUGUAGAUCUGACCUUGCAUAGUACAAUCACAUUACUGGAUUUUUUUUGUGAGGGAGAAAUAAUUACCUGAAAAUAACAGGGAACUUCUUAAAACAUUAACCCGAAUUUCACUCCUUAAGUAGAUUGAAAAACUAGAAUUUACCUUUAAGUGAAUUUCUCAGCAUAUAUACUAAAAAUUAUGUAAAGUGCCCAUUACAUUUUUUGUGGCUCAAGGAUCCUGUCUUCUAGGUUGAGUGUCUAAAACUGAGCCAUUUGUCAUUUUCAGCUGAAAAAUUGGUUCUUGGAAGCUUAAAGGUAUUCUAAUGACAGGUUAUAAAUUAAGCAGAGAGAGGGGGCUUGGAGCUAGCUUUUACAUAUUGGAGGAAAGUGUGUAAAAACCAUUGCAAUGUAACCUUUGAUACAAGUGCCACUUUCUGAAUGCAAAUGGCUUAUGCUCUUUAGACUACUCUUUGAAUAAUAAGUAAGAUGCAGUCUGGAAAAGUCAGUCAGGGUGAAGGAGAAUUGGUUCCAAAUGAGGCCUUUCCUCCCCAAAUGGACAGUCUCUUCUGUUCAUCACAGCUGGAGUCUGAGUAUAGAUUUGGAGAAAUGGCGGGACUGGGGAGGGAGGGAGGGAGCCAUUUGAAAUUACUCUUCAAUUUAUUUAAAAGUUCUAAGAAGGAUGUCCACAGUUGUCUUUAGCCUCAGUUCAGCUGAAGGAGCAAGUGCCUGUGAUAUAAUAUGUUAAGUGUUGCCCUUCCCAAACUUUAUUAACAGCAGAAUCUCUCAUAUCAUAACCAAGCCUCUUUUUUUGUUUGUUUGGAUUUCUUUGUUUUUAUAUGUUUUGAAAAUCAUAAUAGAGGCGAAUAGAGAGGUUUGUAACACCCUUUGGAUGAGACAGAGUGGCUACACUCCACAGAGCUGACCUGAAUUCACAUUACUAAUACUUUUGAAGUAAUUGUAUAACCAAGUAAAAUAGCAAUUAAUUCCCAUGGUAUGUCACAUACUUCUUCCACCCUACUCAGUAAUUAAAGUUACUAUUAUUAAUCAGUGGUAGAACCAUAUGAUAGUUUGCAUUGAUUUAGAUAGAUUUAAUAUUUUCUACUAAAUAUGUGUUCUCUCACUGGAAAGUAUAAAAUCAUCAAAUUUGAUGUUUAUACCAAGUUUAUUUUUCUCCUUCAUGAAAAUGACAAGCAAAGGGAAAAUCUGAUUUAGGAUACCUUAAGCCGGCUAGUAGUGUUUGAGUCACAGAACAGUGGGACUGGCAAAACCUUUUCACAGCCAGGGCAUGUGAUUCGCCCAGGGCUGCCUAACUACUUGGUAGCAGCUGGACCCGGAAAUAUCUCCUGACUCCUGGUUGUUCGCCUUUUUCACAUUGUUUGUGCUUCAGAACAUUUGAGACUCCAUCCCAAGGCAGAUCAUUUUGGCUCAGAAUACAAAAGAGCAAAAUUAACUCCUCAGUAGCUGAUAUCCUGUUGAUCUUAAUUGUCAAUCCAAAUCAUGAUCAUCAGGGAUUUCUAAAUGGUCUUGCUUGUAUUGAGCCAUUGUCAUCUGCUAACAGUAUUGUCUGGAGUUAGAGAGCAAGAGGUGUCUUGACUUUUACCUUUUGGUCCUUUGAACUACUUAAUUUCUGUUUCCCAAAAUCUUGACAUUGCUAGCGAAGAAAGUAGAAUAUGCCUUUGUGAAAUUACUUGUGUUUGGAACUGAGUUUUGUAAAACCUGUGCUGGUGCCUCUCAGGAAGGGCAGAUUUGAUCACAUGAAUCCAGGAGGGAUGCACCUGAGCUACUCUAGAUGUAUUCCUUAAAAGAGACAGAGACAUUUUCAGUGUGAAAUGAACUUUUUUGUCAUUUCACAUUUUGAUACAGCAUACUGUCUCACUUAACUUUUUAAACUUCUGACAAAGAUGUACAUGGACAAUAAACCUAGAGUACAGCUGUUUGCAUGUUGCCUUAAGCACUGGAAGACAUGAAUAAUGAUGUAUUUUUUAGUAAGAGGUUCAGUGAGAGAUAUUCAGGGUAGUGGUAUUUUUGGUGCAACAAUUUUUGAUAUUGUUGGCAUUUUAAAAGUUGCUUUGUGAGUGAAUUUAAAGAAAGAAAACUCAAAGCACUAAGGUUUUGAUCAGAGGUGAAAGAAUUUUGACAAAAAUGCAAUUUUAAGAUAGCACUCUUUAACUAGUUGUGCAAUGACUUAUUCAAGUGAUCUUUAUUCAAGAAAAGAAAAGAAGUCAUUAGACUAUAAAUUUCUGGUGAAAAAGACAAGUCACAAAACUAAUCAGUGACUCUAAACAACAAUUUACUGGAUGGACUGUAUAUAUAAAAUUCUAAUCACUUGUGAUUCUUAGUUAACAUUUUAUAAGCUUUUUAAUUUACAAGGGCCUCUUUUUAUUUAUCCAAAAUUAUUGUUUUUCUCCAUUCCUCUCAGCCUUUUGCAAAAUAUGCAAGCGUGCUGAAACUUGGAUAAAACAGGUCAUGUAUACAGAGAAAAUAAUCUAAAGGUUUUCUUUUAAGAGGGUUUUAGUAGUGUCAAAUUUUUUAAAGCACUAUGUGACCACAACAUAAGUAUAUUCUAAAGAGGAUUAAGAAAGUUAAAUUAAAUGGAUUCAUAAAAUCCGUGCAGUAUUUGCUUUUGCAAUUGGAGCAUGAUUCUUCAACUAGCUGUCGCAUUUCAUUGCAUUUGUCUAAAUUAGAGUCUUUAAUUUGUAGUUAAUCAUGAUAUGAAAAGCUAUCCUCUCCCUAUUCCAUCAGUCUUUGCCAUCCAUUUCUGAACACGCUAAAGCACUUUGAUCUUGCCAUAAGUGUUGUCCUACACCACUAGGCUGUGUUCACUAAUGGGCAGCCUCAGCUCACCAGCUCUCCAAUGGGGGCAAAGCAAGUACCUCCUCCUUACCAUCAGCAGGAACCAAAUAAAAUUAAUCUUUACAACAUGAAUCUCUUUUUCAUGGCAUGACCAGUAAGCACAGUGAUGUCUGAUUAAGGACAGCAUUGACAUCAAAUUUUAUUAAAUAGUAUGUAGGGAAGGCCUGUGUGCUACUUGGAAUGUUAUUUGGUCCUUCCUCCACUCCUUUGGAGAGUACAUGAGGAUGCUCUUAGGUAAAAUGCAGCCACACGUUUUCAAGUUAUUUCAGUCUGUAGGGUAGGCUGUGAUGCACAGAACGAACUGAAACUGGAAUCUUCUUUCUUUGAUCUCUUCUACAUUUCACACACUUUGAAAUAGAAAUAGGGAAAUAUGAUUGAGGGAAAUAUGAUUUCCCAAUUCUGUUGAAUAGAUUUAGGAAGAUAGUGGCCUCAUUUUUAAUUUUACCAGUGCCUGUCAAAGGCAAUAGAAUAAACACUAUGUAAAAGAGUAUGACAAGUUUUUUUUGCAAGUUUAGUUGACAGCCUAAUCAAACUGUAAAUAUAAUGACAAAUAGAGGUUCUGGGCACCAACUCACUAACUGGUGCCACAUUUUCAUUUUUCUUAUUUACUUUUCAAAGUUUUUAUUUUAUUCCCUUUUCAUAUCUUUAAGUAUCAUUAGUAUGAAUUUAAUUUUGAAGGAGAGUUAGAGAAGCUUUAAGAUUUUACUACAGGCAUUCAACCCGCCUAGAUAGGUCCUCAACUGACACUGAAAAACAACAAGGUAUAGAGUAUAGUUCAUAACUAUUCCUUACAGUUCACAGUUUAAGAACAAACUUAACUUUAUAUACAAAUAAUAAUUUUUAACUAAUUGUAUUUAGUUGUUGCUUUAGCAACAAACCUACAACAUGGCUACCUUUAGACAUUUUUUUGUGCAUGAAAAUUUUACUUGUAAACUCUGUGGUUUUUGACAGUGUGAGCAUGUAGCAGAUACAGCUCAAAGCUCAGAAAUAGAUAUGGUGGAUUUUUCUUUUUAAUCCAAAUUCCCAUGUGAAAACUGAAUUUGUGUCCUUGUGUGACUUUUUUAGGCAAAAAGUUUACAACAUCUGGAUUCUAGAAUCAGGCUUUAGAGCUGAUAGAAUUUGUUGUGUGGAUAGGGUUAUUCCACAGUAUUUAGACUCCAAAACACAAUUGUAUUUAUAAUAUGCCCCGAUCUCUUUCCAUAACCUUACUUAUUCAGAAUCAUUCUAUUCAAGUGGCAUAGCUGUAGCUACAAAAAUUCUCUUUUACAAAUCUAUCCAAAUGAGGGUUAAAGAAUGACAAAAGCACAGAUUAAAUUAAUUCAUCUUUGUGAAACCAUCCAUACAGAUACUGUGGAAUGACCCCAUAACAGUGUUGAAGAGACAUAUGCUGCAGUUAACUGAUGGUCUCAGUUAGGGUGCGAACGUGUGAGACACACCUUUUUUGCACUUAUGUACAUAGUCCAUGAGAGCGAUCCUUGGAGCUUUUUUUUUUUUUGAUAUAAGAAGUCUGUGAUAAUAGUGGAAAAGUUAGUAAGAGAGAGUUAUUUCUAAGGCUUUGAGAAGAAGGGUUUUUUUUUUUUUUGCUACAAGACUUAACUAAAACAUGAUGUUGCUUUGCUGUUGUGGAGGCUUUCUAGUUUGCUAGGGCUCGUCAUAAGACAAGACUGGUUACAGGUUAACAGGUCAACUUGAGCUAACGGCACUAAACAAAAGUUAAGGUACUUCAGCUUUUAGCAAGAUUGCUAGCAGAGAUCGUUUGUUUUUAAAUUAAUCCUCACUGUAAACACACACACACACACACACACACACACACACACACGCAGCAGGUUUCUGGCUGAGGUCUUCUUUCAAUGGUUGCAAGGAGUUGUAAAUUGCAAGAUGGAUAUUCCCAUUCUGAUCUACUUAGAUUUCAUCUUUCACAGAAAAUGGUCGAUUGAGAUAUAUCGGUUACAUCAAUUAAUAUGUAUUUAAGUGACAAAUUGCUAACAUUUGCCACUAUUCCCCCUUCAAGAUCCAGAAGCCAAAACCAAAUUGACAACUACUGAAAGAUGUAAUUUAACAGUUAAGUAUGGCCAGCACAGAGCAUUUCAUUCCCUUCAGCAAAGGAAAAAAUGCUUCUGGCACAACUUUAGAAAUGGCUGUUUUCUGACUUACCUUUAUCAGAUGAGACAGCGCUUCACUGUGCCACUUCAGCCUCCUACUCUUUUAACGAAACAGAAGAGAACUAGCCAAAAUCUUGUGUACAUCAGAGCUGUAAAAGAAUGUUUCAAUCAGAUCAUCUCUGCCAAUUUCAGCUCCUACAUCACCUACAGAUCACCAUUUAUCUUUUUGUUGCCUCCAGGCGAUGAGGCCUAGAAAAGGUCGAGGUUAGAAAGGUUUAAGGAUAGAUCACCAUGAGGGCUUUGAGUCCUUCCCAUCUUGAGGCCUGUUGUCCUUGCCCUGGAGAAGGAGCCCAUCUUGGGAUUGAGGGAGUUGUUAUUAAUAUUGCUACCCAUUUUGAUAGUUCUCACUUACAGAGACAGGAAAAUAAGCCAAAGCCAGAAAGCAAUCCAAGCCUUACAGUUGUCCAAUAGCUCAGGGCCAGUUGGUUAGAAAUGUCCUUUUAUUCCCCCCCUUGAGCCCAUAACCACAUAGAGUCAGCCAUACAGCUAACAGCCUGACCAUCUGACCAGUAUUUCCAUUGAUAGAAAAUGUAAGCAUUCACUCCUUCUGUAGUUAGGAACUCCAACUUUAACCUUAUCACCAACAUAUUUCCCCAACUUAACCCAUGUUCUUGUGUUGACAUUUCCUUGUGAAACUAUAAGCCACACGAAUAUAUUUUCAUAAGGUCAAUAGAAAUAUAGUAAGAUUUUAAGUCAGGCAGAAUCACCUAUAAAAUAGUAAGAAUGAACCUAGAAGUAUCACAAAAGAUAACCAGUUAAUUGAUGGCAUGUGGUGCAUACUGACAGCCACUAUGUCACACUCUUUGGAGCUUAAACACAGUGCUGUCUUUUAAGUAAGUAAAAUUAGAGAAUGAAAGGACCUCUAUUAUUAAGCCCAGGAAAGGAUUUAGUUUGACUAAUUCAGUUUCCAGCCCCUCCACUUGUUCUUUCCUGAAAGAGAACCACCCAUCAAUACUCCAAAGCAGGGUUAUUCCAGAGGAAUUUUAUCUUUAAAUAGAACCCAUCCUCAAUUAUAGCAUAUCACUGUGAAAUAAGUCACAGGUAUAUCAUUAUUACUUUAAUUUUUAAAAAAAAACCCUGUAACAAGACCUAAAAGUAACCCAACUUUAAGCAGUGCUCUUUUCUCCCCAAACACACAACCUAAAACAUUGAUCUGUCACAGAACUGCAUGAUUCCAAAGCUUUAUUCCGGUAUACAGAUGCUGUUUGUUAAUGAUGGAAACCAAAUUAUUUUCUUGCUGUGUCUUUUGUGUCUAGCAGUUGAGAGAAUUACAUGACCAUUAUAUCAUUGGACUCUGGGAUUGCCCUUUUCAAAAUAAGUUUCCUUUUAUUAUUGUUGUUGCUUUAAUUAUUAGAAAAUGAACAAUUUGUGACAUGCCCCCAAAUUACAAUAAUUUAAAUAAGUUUUCUUUAAAAGAUGCUCCAAAAUAUACUCUUUUAAAGGGCUAAUUUUAUGCAUUUGUAUAACAACAAUCCAGUAUAAUGUAGAAAAUGGAAGCACAUAUUUUGGGCAGAAAAAUGCCAAUUUAAAAAUACUUAUCAAUAAGAAAAUUAUUAGCCCUGUGCAACACUUAUAGAUUUAAAUAAUGAUCCCUGUAUUUAAUAAAUGUAAACUGUUCCCACAAUGUUUUGCCUCCAAAAUGCAAUAGCUCAUUCCCUCAACUGCUAUCAAUAGGGCAGAUGCUUUGAUUUUGGGGUUUUUUUUUUCCAAGUUAUAGUGCUGUACUGCUUGUUUGUGUUUAGAAGUGUGCAUUAUGCAAUUCAUUUUAGUAUGCUAUUUCUAUGUUGUUUAUUUUUUGUUCUAUCAAUAAAAUGUGUAAAUUUC